CGGGAGCCGCAGGGGGCGCGGCGCGGGCGGUGCCGGCAGGGACGGGGUCCAAGAUGGCGUCCGGGCCGCCUCCGUCGGCCGCGAAGUUGUACCGGCCCAACGCCUUCGUCUCGCUGCCCGCCGAGCUCGACCCCGACACCUACGAUGCGACGCCGGAGAAGCGCCGCGCCGAGGCCGAGCGCCUGGCCAUCCGAGCCCGGCUGAAGCGGCAGUACCAGCUGCAGCUCAACAACCCCAACCCGCCCGCCGUCAUCGAAGACCCCGCCAUGGUCCGCUGGGUCUAUGCGAGGACGCACAACGUGUACCCUAAUUUCCGCCCAACCCCCAAGACGUCCUUUCUAGGAGCUGUUUUUGCGAUAGGCCCCAUCCUCUUCUGGAUGGCUGUCUUCAAACUUGACAGGGACCGUAAACAUAGGCUUAUCAAAGAAGGUAAAUACGAGCGGCCGUUCAGUGUAUUCUGAGUUCCUGGAAUUGCAGUGAUGUUCAUGGAAUAUAAAUAAAAUAAGAUGUAUUAUGUGCUGACGUUUCUCCUUCAUAAGAAUAAAUCUUAAUUGCUUGUU